GGACACCGACUAAAACGGUUCAUUAAAUUAAAAAUUUACUCUUAACUCUCACACUUAACAAAAAGAAAAUAAAGUGAGAAGUUAAAUAAAUAAAAUAAUUUGCAAUUUUGUUUGUACAAGAGUGCAAGCAACCAAAUACAUAAAUAAAAUCAAAAUUCAUACAAAAGUUAACUUGAAGCAAUAAAUAAAUGUCUACUAAUAUGGCUACUUUGUUACCUGGAAAUAUUGUAUAUGGCGGUCCCAUAACCGGCUCAGAGACUAAAGCUUAUAAAUCGUUGGGUCAUUUUGUUUUGGAAAAGUACAAGAGUUUUGGCACCCAAACUGUUAUGAUUGAUGCUGUCACUGGCCAAGAAUACUCUGCCCAAUAUAUGCACGAUGCCAUUGUUAGAUUGGCUUAUGUUCUUAAACACUUGGGUGUUAAAAGCAACGAUGUGGUGGGUCUAUCAAGCGAGAAUAGCGUAGAGUUUGCUAUAACAUUAUUUGCUACAUUUGUGUUAAAUGCCACAGUAGCCCCAUUAAAUGUUACAUAUUCUGAACGUGAAGUCCAUCAUGCCAUUAACCUUUCAAAGCCCAAAGUUAUUUUUGCCUCAAAAAUGACCGUUGAACGCAUUACCAAGGUGGCCAAAAACAAUUCGUUUGUCAAGAAAAUCGUGGUCUUUUCUACCAACUCAACCAACUCUAGUGUUUAUGCUUUCAAAGAAUUAAUGGAAAAUAAAUCAAUUCCCUCACAAGCAACUUACGAUUGUUUGAAGGCCGAUAAGGAUCAGGAUGUUGCAUUGAUUGUGUGCUCUUCGGGUACCACAGGCAUGCCCAAGGGUGUACAAUUGACGCAGUCAAAUAUUUUGUCCACCUUGGAUUCUCAGUUAGAACCAACUGCUCUUCCUUUGGGCGAUAUAACAAUGUUGACGGUUAUUCCUUGGUUCCAUGCUUUCGGCUGUUUAACACUCAUUACCACUGCCUGUCUGGGCACAUGUUUGGUAUAUUUGCCCAAAUUUGAAGACCAUUUGUUCUUGAGUGCUAUUGAGAAAUAUCGCGUUAUGAUGGCUUUCAUGGUGCCCCCAUUGAUGGUGUUUUUGGCCAAGCAUCCCAUUGUGGAAAAAUACGAUUUGUCUUCGUUAAUGGUACUGUUGUGUGGUGCUGCUCCUUUAAGCAAAGAAACUGAAGAUCAAAUCAAGGAACGUAUUGGUGUGCCGAUUAUUCGUCAGGGUUAUGGCUUAAGUGAAUCCACUUUAAGUUUGUUGGUGCAAAACGAUAAUGCCUGUAAACCCGGCAGUGUUGGUGCUUUGAAAGUUGGUCUUUGGGCUAAAGUAAUUGAUCCGGAUAGCGGCAAAACUUUGGGCCCCAACCAACGUGGAGAACUCUGUUUCAAGGGUGAUUGCAUCAUGAAGGGCUACAUUGGUGAUGUCAAGUCUACACAAAGUGUUAUUGUCGAUGGCUGGCUACAUACCGGUGAUAUUGGUUACUUUGAUGAUGAUUUCGAAUUCUUUAUUGUUGACCGCAUUAAGGAGUUAAUCAAAUACAAAGGUUUCCAAGUACCCCCCGCAGAAAUAGAAGCCUUACUUUUGACCCACCCCAAAAUUAAGGAUGCCGCUGUUAUUGGCAAACCCGACGAAGAAGCCGGUGAAUUACCUAUGGCUUUUGUGGUUAAACAAGCCAAUGUUCAGCUAUCGGAACAAGAAGUUAUUGAUUUUGUGGGAGAACGCGCUUCCCCCGCCAAGAAGCUACGUGGCGGUGUAAUGUUUGUAGAUGAAAUUCCCAAAAACCCCAGUGGCAAAAUUUUAAGACGUGUUCUUCGCGACCUAAUCAAAAAGAAACUCAAAUCAAAAUUGUAAAUAAAACUAUUUUCCUUAGAACACACUCCACCACUUAACCAAAGCCAUAAAGUAAAACUUUUCAUUAAUUGUUAAAAGAAACAAAUAUUUUUGUAAACUAAAAAUUCUUAUAAGAAUAAUUAAUUAAUUAAUAAUGGUGUUGCAAUAUUUUAUUGGUACAAGUAGAAAAAGACACUCUGAUAAAAUAAUUCCAAAAUAAAAAGUUUUUACACAUUUUUAUAUACAAAAUAAAAAAAUAUACAUAUAUUUAACAAAAUAAAAA